AUGUUGAGAGUCGUCGGUGGCGGCGGCGGCGGCGGCGGCGGGCAGGACUGGGCAUGCUCAGUCGCGGGGACAGGUUUGGGAAGUGAGGAAGCCGCGUUUGAAGUCGCAAGGCCCCGGGGUCCGGAGGAGGCGGGCUGCGGGGGCCCCAGCUGGGGUUGCGCCGGGAUCCCCGAUCCCGUGCCCGGGGAGAGCAUGCAGCAGGCCGGCGCCGCUGAGCCCGCGCGCGGGGGGCAGGACGCGGAGGAGCUGGGGGAGAGGGUGGAAGAAGGGGAGGAGCACCCAGCUCGCCAUCCCCCGGCGCCGGCUCUGCGGCUGCUGAAUCGGAAGCCGCAGGGAGGAUCCGGGGAAAUAAAGACGCCCGAGAAUGACCUCCAGCGAGGCCGCCUGAGGCGGGGCCCGCGCGCCGCCCCGCCAGCCUCCGCAAUGGACGAUCUCGGCGGGCAGUCGGAGCUCCCGGCCCUGCACGCCCCGGGAGCAGCCCCCGCGGGCGCCGGCAAUGCGGCGGUGAACGGGCUGCUGCACAACGGCUUCCGCCCACCGCCCGUCCAGCCGUCGCGUCUCUGCAGCCGGGGCCCUGCGGGCGGAGGCGAUGCGGCGCCCUCGCGCCUCCCGCUCCAGCCCGAGCUCCAGCCGCAGCCACCGCCCCCUCAGCACGACUCCCCGGCCAAGAAAUGCCGCCUACGGAGGAGGAUGGACUCUGGGAAGAAGAACCGGCCGCCAUUCCCAUGGUUUGGCAUGGAUAUCGGUGGAACCCUGGUUAAAUUGGUCUACUUUGAGCCGAAGGAUAUUACAGCUGAAGAGGAACAAGAGGAAGUGGAGAACCUGAAGAGCAUCAGGAAGUAUUUGACCUCCAACGUUGCUUAUGGGAAAACCGGGAUCCGAGAUGUCCACCUGGAAUUAAAAAACUUGACCAUGUGUGGACGCAAAGGGAACCUGCACUUCAUCCGCUUCCCCAGCUGUGCCAUGCACAUGUUCAUUCAGAUGGGCAGCGAAAAGAACUUCUCCAGCCUUCAUACCACUCUCUGUGCCACGGGAGGCGGGGCUUUCAAGUUCGAAGAGGACUUCAGAAUGAUCGCGGACCUGCAGCUCCAUAAACUGGACGAACUGGAUUGUCUGAUUCAGGGCCUGCUCUACGUCGACUCCGUUGGCUUCAAUGGCAAGCCAGAAUGUUACUAUUUUGAAAAUCCCACAAAUCCUGAAUUGUGUCAAAAAAAGCCGUACUGCCUUGAUAACCCGUACCCUAUGCUGCUGGUGAACAUGGGCUCAGGGGUCAGCAUCCUAGCGGUGUACUCCAAGGACAACUAUAAAAGAGUUACAGGGACCAGUCUUGGAGGUGGAACAUUCCUAGGUCUAUGUUGCUUGCUGACUGGUUGUGAGACCUUUGAAGAAGCUAUGGAAAUGGCAGCUAAAGGCGACAGCACCAAUGUUGAUAAGCUGGUGAAGGACAUUUACGGAGGAGACUAUGAACGAUUUGGCCUUCAAGGAUCUGCUGUAGCAUCAAGCUUUGGCAACAUGAUGAGUAAAGAAAAGCGAGAGUCCAUCAGCAAGGAAGACCUCGCCCGAGCCACGCUGGUCACCAUCACCAACAACAUUGGUUCCAUUGCUCGGAUGUGUGCACUGAAUGAGAAUAUCGACAGAGUUGUGUUUGUUGGGAAUUUUCUCAGAAUCAAUAUGGUUUCCAUGAAGCUGCUAGCGUAUGCCAUGGAUUUUUGGUCCAAAGGACAGCUAAAAGCUCUGUUUUUGGAACAUGAGGGUUACUUUGGAGCUGUUGGGGCACUGUUGGAACUGUUCAAAGUGACUGAUGACCAGUAGAGAUGAGCCCUGGAUGAUGGAACAGCCUUCCGUGAGAACAGAGACCUGGGAACCGCUGCUGAAGAAGGUGAAAGCCGCCGGGAGACGAAAGCCAGGCCAUUCAUGGCAGACACACCUGCUGGAUUUGUAAAUAAUUUAAAAAUCCUUCUAGCUGAUCUUUUACUCUUGGGUUUUGAGUUUAUGAUUCAAAAUGGGGAAUACAAGAGUUUUUUCUGUAUACUGUAUUUUUAAGAAGAAGAAGAAAAAAAAAACACACACACACACACCAUUUUGUGCAGUGUGGCCAAACCUACCAAUUUUAUGCAUUAACUUUGUAAAGUUAUAUUAUGUUUAAGAAGGACCUGAAAUGUAAGUGUUGUUUAUACUUCUUCUGGGGUUUACUGAUCAGUGUGGUAAUUUUAAAUUCGUUUAGUAAUUACUCUAGGAGAUUUUACCUUUACUUAUAUUUUUCAUGACGUUUCAUGAUUUGCUGUUUGGUUUCAAAUGAAACUACCAAUCUGGCAUGUUUUACUGUGAACACUAUUUUGUUUGUCUGUUUACCUUUUAUUGUCUUGUGUUCUCUGUUUGAGUGUCUUAUGGAAAAAGAAUCUCUGCCCCGUUUCUGUCCUCAGAUGACUCCCCCUCCCCACCAGACCUUCCUGUGCUGUAUUUGUUCAGAUUAAUCAAGGUGCUGUCCUACUCAAUACAAAGUUAAACACGAGACCUAAAGCUCUCAAAAGUGCCCUCGAAGGGGAUACUCUGAAAGUGUUCAUGAAUUUAACGAGUCUGGCAAAAGUUGAAAAUUAUGCAAUUUUGUCACAUACAGUGUCUUGUUGGAUUUAUUUUAUGUUCGGUUAUAUUAAAUGGAAAUAUUCCAUGACGAAAUGUCCUCGGCCAUGCACAAAGUACAAAUGGCAGCAAGUCCUUGUGCAGGACAUUAAAAUUUAUAGGACAACGUUUCCCGGUAGAUUAACUGUUCACAUUGGGAGGGUUGGGAGAAGUCGCGUUUGCGUUGUCAGGUAGUAGUAUCUUUUUGUUUUGUACAUGUAUAUACCUAGGAUCUUUGUAACAAGUCAUCUUAAAUAAUAAGAACGUUUUUCAUUUGGAGUAUUUCCAACUAAAAACUAUUUCAAUCUCAGUUUCUAAAAUUAAAAAAAAAAAUUAUGAUACUGAUCUCUAUGUAUAGUUUUUCUUUUUAAAAGACAUCAUUGGUACUGAUGGGUGACUUUCAAAUCUGAAUCUUAGACAGACAUUGAAAUCCAUGAGAUCUAAUGAGUUAGAACAAAUUCAUUUUUUGAAUUGAACAUUUUUUUUAGAGGGAUUUGGUAAGGGCUGGACAUUGUUCCAUGACGAAUCUUUCCUUCUGCAUUCUGAGCAGCGCCUUUAAUUUCCAUAUCGUCAAUUCUUGAAGUUGAUGUUAAUUGAAAUACUCACCUGUCUGGUUGAAAUAAAGCCCGUUUCUGUUG